AUUUAAAUAAAAUGUCCGCAAAAGGUAAGCCUAGGGGUUAUAGAGAAAUUCAGACUUUAGAGCAUCAAUCUUCAGUAGAUAACAGUGACCUUAUUAAUUUCGGUAACGCACAGUUUGAGAAUGACCUGUUGAAGGGAAGCAGAAUGAUUAACACGAGUAAUUCUUUUGAGCAAAUCCCAACAAGAGGGAUCGCAGAGAAGGAUAUUGCAAACACUUCUAAAAAUAAAGAAAUUUCUGCCAAGCUUCUUGAUAAUAGUUCUCUUCUGAAUGCUUUCAACCCUCAAUCAAGAUGAGAAUCGGAUUUCCAAUAUCAGACGGAGAAUACAGGUGACCAAAAUGCCUCUUACCAGCGCAAUUUUGAUACUUUUAACUUUAAAUGCAUGGCACAGACUCGUGAGGCUCCCAAGAAUCAUAUGCUGUUGCAAGAUGUGAUAAGACAAAACCUGACCCACAACACUAAUAGGGAGUCCAAAGAGAGGAAUGCAUCUAUGUUAAACCAAAACUUGACAUCUGAUUUUGAGUCUAGAUCUGGAGAGAUUAACAAAACUGCUCCUGUGAUUAACCCAAAUUUAAAUACUGCCUUGCCAUCUUGGAAGACAGGAGUUCAAAGGAUGCAUAAUUUUGACAUCAGUCAAGAUACAUACCAAGCAGAGAACCUUCUACAUCAGAUGCAGGAAAAUGCGUUCUCUAGGAUCCUAGCUCGCCUCGACCAAUUUGAACUGAGACUUAGUAACACUGAAGAAAAGAUGGUGUUGUCCAAAGAGAUCCUUGACUUAAAAUACGAUGAGAAAAAGAUUGAAGCUAAUCUCGGACAGGAGGAUUAUAAUGACCUCAAGAAGAGGACUGAAAUAUUAGAGAAAACUGUGAAGAAUUUGACUAAGAAUAUCUUAACUUUGGAGAAUAACAAUGCUAAAAGACUUGUCAACCUCAGUGCAGGACUUGAAAAGGUAGAUGCUAACAUUACUAAACACAAUUCUCAGCUCGAAACCAAAAUUUAUAAGAAAAUCAUACCAAAAUUGACGGAGAAAUUGGCUGCUUAUGAGCCGUUUAAGAAGAAAAUCCCUGAAAUUGAUACUAAAAUGGUUGAUAUUUGUGAUACAAUGGAAGGCAUUGUUCAUACAAUUAAAGAGACCAGCGAGAAAAUCAAGGCGGAGUUUGACCAAAAGAUCCAAUCUGUACAGAAGGAUUGUGAGAUCUUCUCAACAAAGAAUUCUGAAAUAUUCUCAAAAAUUCACGAACUUGAGUGUGAAAAUGCCAAGGUACUUUCCCAACUUAAGAAGUUUUACAUGUAUCAAUAUGAUAAGUUCAACACAACUCAGAAGGAUGAAGGGAGCCAGAGUGAUGAAGAAGAGUCUGAAUCCCAAGAAGAACAGGAGAAUAUUGCUCCUAACCUGACCAAGUUCACUCAGCUCAAAUCGAAAGCGCUCCUAGACCUUUUGAAAUCGAAUGGGAUGCAGGCGCAGAUAUCCAAGAAUGGCAAGUUUGGCUUCAAGAAAAUUGAUAAUAAGUUUCAAUAACCGCUA